GAUAAAGGCCUAGUAGUUCAGCCUGGGACAAUUCCUCCCUGCCUCAACAUGCCAGUUUUUCACCCUUGAAUUCAGUGGAAGUCCAGAGGCACCAGCUCAGCUGUUGGACAUCCAGACACUACAUGCGGGUAACCCCACUGGGGCUGGAAAACUGGGUUCACCCUCCACAGAGGGACAUCAGCAGCUCCAGAGAUGGAGUCACUUGUUCUUCAUGUCCCAUUUGAGGACCGUGUGCAAGAUCUGGAAUGUCUCCAAACCCAUUUUCAUUGUGUCAGUAUGGUCAGACCAAAACAUUUGCAUGGUCCACAAGUAUGUCAGAAGCAUCCUAUGAGCUGCUCAUCACUGCUGCUGUGCAGCUGUGCUCAGGCAUGGCUCACCCACUCCAUGUCUCUCAGAUGCCCAAGCACCACAAUGCCUUUCAGAGGUGAUUUCACACCCUUUGCUUUUCCUUCUCUUUGUUUUCCUGUGGUAAAUCAUGAGCAGCCCUGGAGGCUUCCUCCCAGGAGAGCACAUGCAACUGUAUUUACAGCCCCAGCACCACAAGCUGGGCUCUUGGAGUCUGGCAGGAGCUCCCCUCUCUUCACAUCAGGUGCUUAACAGAGCUGAUGCCGGCACGUAGAUGUUCUCUGCUGCGUUGGGGAUAAAUCCUUGGCUCCCAUCACUCGGUGGCAGAGGGAAGGCACAGGAGCAGGGACCACCUGGUCAUGGGAGGAAAUCACACCCAGACUAAAUUCAUCCUGUUGGGAAUUACAGACAACCCAUAUGCACAGACUCCUCUUUUUGUCUUGUUUCUAUUGAUUUACAUUGUCACUUUGGUGGGGAACGUUGGCAUUGUCACAUUGGUGCGGGUGUCUCCCAGCCUCCACACCCCCAUGUACUUCUUCCUCACCCAUUUUGCCUUCACUGACAUCUGCUAUUCCACAGUCAUCUCCCCCAGGAUGCUGGCAGACCUGUUAUCAGAGGACAAAACCAUUUCUUUCACUGCCUGCAUGAUGCAGUUCCUCACCUUUGCUUUUUUUAGUACUAUUGAGUGUCACCUCCUGGCCAUGAUGGCCUACGACCGGCACGUUGCCAUCUGCCAGCCCCUGCUUUAUGUGACCAUCAUCUCCAGCCACAUCUGCUGGCAGCUGAUAGCAUCAUCCUACCUAUUCGCCUUCCUCAGUGCCAUCAUCUACACAUGGUGCGUGUUUGGAGGUUCCUUCUGUGGUCCCAACCGCAUUGACCACUUCUUCUGUGAUGAAGUUCCUGUGCUGAAGCUCGUGUGCUCUGACACUCACAGCAGUGAGAUGGUCAUCUUUGCUUUCAUCACCAUCAACGUGGUGGGCACUAGCAUGAUCAUUUUGCUCUCCUACAUCUCUAUCCUCUGCACCGUGCUGAGGGAGUGCUCAGCACAGAGCAGGGCCAGAGCCUUCCACACCUGCGCCUCCCAUUUGGUGGCUGUUGCCUCCUUCUUUGGUACAAAGUUCUUCAUGUACCUACAACCUCCAUCUAGCCACAGGAGCCGCGAUAAGGCCGCCUCCAUCAUCUAUACCAUCAUCACCCCCAUGCUUAACCCAUUCAUCUACAGCCUGAGGAACAAGGAGGUGAAGGGGGCUCUGGUGAAGUGCAGGAGCAGGCUCUUCAACCACUGGCAACCUAAGAAAGUUCUAUCAUCUAGCACAGGCACAGUUCAUGUCAACUGAGAAAGCCUAUGGUACACUAAAACA